AUGGAUCAGUCCACUUCCUGCUCCCUCUGCGGUGUCUACAUUGGUCAACAUGACGGGACUCCUGUCGAUGAUUCAAACCCCCUAAGAUGGGACCAAAAAGUCCGCGCAGUCAGGACGAAGCAAGGCUACCAAGACCCAUUCAUCACUGGAUCAGGUUUUCUCAAUUAUCAUAACGAGGUAUGCGCCGACGCGGACUACCAUUCUGAUGUCGCCAGGCCUGGAAUGCUCCUUGAGGCACAUGAGCUUGAACAGAGGGUUCGUUCCUACUGGACUUUCCCAUUCCACGAGUUCUGCUGGCAGCUUCUUCUUUACCGUAUUCGCCCCGCUGAAGGUGAAGAACCUGAGCCGUCACAGGUCGCUCAUCACCUCUUCGCCAUCUUCUACAACACACCAACCGACGGCAGCAGGCGCUUGUUGCCAGGUCAUGAUUAUGGAUUGGAUUUCCACCAUUCUCGCCAUCCGCAUCGUGCGCUUUCAAGUCCUGAUGAGCAAUUCAGCAAACAGCUGGCCGAUUCCAAUCAUCCCUCAUAUCCAGCUCUAAGACCGACAGACGCUGUAAAGAUGCAGGAUGCCUUUGCCAUCCUCCCGAAUGAGAUUGUCAUGCUCAUUCUAAGGCAUCUCGCAUCUGCAUCGGUUCAUAACCUGCGCCUGGCUUCCCGGUCAGUCGCUGUGGCAUCCCAGCCUUCGCUUCUGGGACAGGCCUUCUGGGCGAGUCGCUUUGAAGGAGAGGGCGAGCUAGCCUUUGUGUUUGCCAAUCGGCAACACGCCCUACCUCCACAGUCCGUUGAUUGGCAUCAAUUGUAUAUCUAUACGAUGCAAAAGCUAAAGUCAGAUGAUCACGGCUUCCGCAACCGGCAGCGAAUAUGGAACACGUUGGAUCAUGUUAUUCCUCAGCUCCGACUACGUCAGAAGAACGAGUCAAGCAUUGCAAAACUCCCAUUCCAGGAUGACAGCGAUGUAAUUUCCGGCAGUUGGUCUGCUAUGGCAUCUGGUAAAGUGUCAUAUGGGUACACGAUACCGACACCCGAGAGUGCAACCUGGAGAACGUCCGGGACGAACAAGGAACUCGAUGCGGGAUGCCACAUCUUUGAAAAACAAGUCCUUGAUUGGACCAAGGCGUCAGCUGUCGAAAAGGUUACCCUUGCAGUAACAGUCAUCACCCAUGUGGAGACGUCUUUCAUCAGCGGCUUGCGCAUCAUCAACGAGAGCGGUCCCCUCAACAAUGACAAAGAGGAGCUCGGUAGAGUGGGCUAUGUCAGCACGGCCCAUGAGCAAAAGGUUGAUUUUGACAAGAAUGAUGUUUUGAAAGCCUUGAGGGUGCGACUUGUCAUCGACGGAAUUGUCGGGCUGUGCUUUGAUAUGAAGGGCAGUCAGCGUGACUAUACCCAAGAAUUUGGCGACUUUGCAACCAUGGAUGUAAAGAGCGGCGUGGCUGAAAUUGAGUUCAAUGAAAGUAUAUGCGACGCAAAGUUUCUCGUUGGACUUGAUGCAUGGAAAUUGGUCUCUCUGCAAUUGAAUCAAACCGGUUCAAAUUCUUCGAAUAUUCCUCAGCCAGACCAUCCAGCAAUAGCCGAAAUAUGGUCUCCGACUUUGCCGCCUGAAAAAUGUCCUCGGUGGGAAAUCCACGAAUCGGGUGUGUCACCACAUUUCAACCUUUGCCUUUAUGCCGGCUUCGGAGGCUCCAAUGGAGAGCUAUUGAGAUCUCUUGCCAUGGUGAAUGUCUACAUGGGAGAAUAUCCACAGGUAAUACUUGGCCUUUCCUUCGUGUACAACGACGGAAGUGAACGUGUGUUUGGGCAAAAGUGUUACAGACUUGGCUCACAAGUCGUCCCUUGCAUUGUGCAAACUUUCAUGAUUGCGGGCCAAGAUGGCGAGAGGAUCGAAGAUUUCACAAUAGGGUACUCGGGACAGUUUGGCGUGGUCCAGCUCGUUAUGUUUCGAACCAACUUUGGCCGAAGUAAGAAGUUUGAGCUUUUAGGCGACAAGCAGAUUUUAGAGACAACCUCCAUGAAAACAACAGUUGCGCCGGCAGGAACCAUCAUUUCUGGCUUCUUCAUCAAGCUCAGGUACCCGGCUGGCGAGAUCAGUGACAUUGUGGCAAGAUGCACACGGACCGCGCAUUCCAGCCAGCAGGCUUCAAUCGUCUCCCGAGCCUCGGUACCAAUCUCUUCGCAUGCAGAUCUACCAGCGGACCUCUCAUUGGAAUUGGAAUGGCGCGGCGGUUACUCUUUCACACAAGCCAAGCUCGCCGGAGUCUAUCGCAUACAAAUUUCCUCUCACGUGAGGAAGUCUGAUCGAGACGCCCCUGGCAUCUCCGGCCUUCGAUUGGAUUAUCCAGGCAAGAGGGGCACGACUGUCCUUGGUCAGUGGUUGGAGCAUUAUGCGACUCUUGAACUCGAACCAGGCGAGGAGAUCAGAGAAAUAGUCACGUGGCGUCAAGUCAUCAACAGGUUCAAUCGAAUCGGAAGAGUCGGCCCUACGUUGGGUCUUGCAAUCACAACAUCCAGAGGAAGAAAGGUGGGUAGAAUGCCACAGGGACAACUUAUGGAUGAUGCUGUACGCACCCAACACCGAGAGAAUCCCUACGAGACGCUUGAUACCAUUGUCUGGCUAUGUAACCAUCGAUUUGAUGCAGUUGGAGUUCAGUACGCAUCAAAGUUCAAAGAGCGGAGUCAACAACUGAUCCUCAAUCUCCCUACCGUGACCCAUGGCGUGGCAGAGAAGAUAUUCAUCAAAGGUGAAACCCGGGAUGGAAUUUCUGAUCCUGUGAUAGCAAUCGAGGCCACCUUCAAGUCUAUGAGUGACGAGCCGUCAAGUCUGAGUUUUCUACACGAGUCUGGAAACGUACAGACUCUUGGAACUCGUGGCGAGAGGCCUUUGGUUCAGACUCUGCACUUGGAUGAGAGAAUGAUUCGCCUGGAUGUUGAGCGGAUUUCCGAGGCUUUUGUUUCUAUUGCUUUUCUCACAAGCAACCAUCGCGAGAUCUCAAUGAUGCAUGAAGAUCAGGUGAAGAGAUUAGCGAAUCGAAAGAGGUCUCAUCAUGCACACAUGCUUGAGAGAAUCCCAGAGGCACGGAAGGACCUCAAGGCGGAUAGUGUUUUCGAAGUUCCACAGUCAGCGGGAGACUUUGUAGGCUUGUGGACGAUCCCAGCGGAGAAAUUCGGGACCUUGUCCUACUUGAUGGGCCCAAUAUUCAAAAGCCUACCUGAGCCUCAUGAGAGCAAGAACCAUUCUUGA